AUGCCCCCUCCAUCCACAUCCCGCCUCACUGCUCCUCCGGGUGUAGGCGGGGCAAGCGGUACAACCUCUCUUUCUGCCCCUUCUUCCUCGUCUUCCUCAUCAGGGCAGACACUAAUCCCAGGGGAGACGUCUGGCCGCAAAAAAGUCAUCCUCGCCCCCGGUCGUUCCCCGCUGGACUGGGCUCGUCUAAAAUCCUCCAACUCCUCUACGGCACUCAGAGAGGGUCGACCACCCUUUGGUGUUGGUGGAGUGGUGCGGAUUCCUAUGAGUGAGGUCAAGAGACAUACUUCGCGCGAGAGUUGCUGGAGUGUCUUCAAUGGGAUGGUCUAUAACCUCACGCCUUACCUUGAGUUUCACCCUGGUGGGGAGAAGGAGGUGAUGCGUGUAGCAGGGAGGGAUGGGACGAGGUUAUUUAUGUUGACCCAUUCCUGGGUAAACAUCGACGCCAUGAUCGAUUCUUGCUGUCUCGGUGUAGUGGCAAAGGACGAGUGA